AGUGCUCCCCCUUUGCCGUGACCGCACCGCACCGCAGGGGAACGGAAGGGAGGAGGAGGAGGAGGAGAGCUUCAGCUCGCCUCGCCUCGCCGAGCGCGAGCGAGCCGGAUCCCAACCACCGCCGCGAUCCGCCGCCGCGCGCGAAUCGAAGCUGCUACCAUCAGCCGCCGCCCCCCUCCCCCCGCCCCGGCUCGCCGCCCCGCUCCCUCUCGAAUCGGAUCCCCGAAUUGGGGGCGGCGAGUGGGACACGGAACCCUACUCGAUCCCGCGGCGUGUAGGGGGUGGGAUGACGCGCCGGGUGCGCCGACGGUUGUGUAAGGAGAACGGGAAGGGUAAGGAUGUGGUGGUGGGGGGUGAGGGGAAGGCGGUGGUGAGCUCUUCGUCGUCGUUGCGUCGGGGUUUGGUGGUGGCGGCGGCGACGGGGCGUGGUGAGUGCGUGGACUGGACGUCGCUGCCGGACGACACGGUGCUGCAGCUGUUCGCGCGGCUGAAUUACCGGGACCGAGCGAGCAUGGCGGCGGCGUGCAGCACGUGGAGGGCACUGGGGUCGUCGCCGUGCCUGUGGAGCUCGCUCGACCUGCGGGCGCACCGGUGCGACGCCGAGGUCGCGUCGUCGCUCUCGUCGCGGUGCGGGAGCUUGCGGCGGCUGCGGCUGCGGGGGCACGAGGCGGCCGCGGCCGCCUCAGGACUCCGCGCGCGCGACCUCCGGGAGGUGGUGGCCGACGGCUGCCGCGGGCUCACCGACGCCACGCUCGCCGUCCUCGCCGCGCGGCACGAGGCACUCGAGAGCCUCCAGAUCGGCCCCGACCCCCUCGAACGCAUCUCCAGUGACGCCCUCCGCCAAGUUGCGUUCUGCUGCUCGCGCCUCCGCCGCCUGCGCCUCUCUGGCCUUCGCGAUGCCGACGCGGACGCCAUCGGAGCGCUCGCGCGCUACUGCCGCCUCCUAGAAGACGUCGCCUUCCUCGACUGCGGAUCCGUAGAUGAGGCCGCCCUCGCCGGCAUCCAAUCCCUCCGCUUCCUCUCCGUCGCUGGAUGCCACAACCUCAAAUGGGCUACAGCAUCCACGUCCUGGACUCAGCUGCCUUCCCUUGUCGCAGUCGAUGUUUCUCGCACGGAUGUCUCUCCAAGCGCCAUCUCUAGGCUCAUCUCCCACUCCAAAACCCUCAAGCUUAUAUGCGCGCUUAACUGCAAAUCUGUUGAGGAGGAACAGACACACAAUCCAAGAGCAUUUAGCAAUUCCAAGGGCAAGCUUGUACUCACCAUUACAAGCCACAUUUUCAAAUCAGUUGUCUCACUUUUUCCUGGUAAGGCUGUGAAGGAGAAUGAGGUGUUCAAUGAAUGUAACUGGAGGGACAAAGACAAGGCACUUGGUGAUAUGAUGAGUUGGCUUGAGUGGAUCCUGUCGCAGACACUUCUACGGAUUGCAGAGUCCAACCCGCAAGGUAUGGAUGACUUCUGGCUGCAGCAGGGCACAGAAAUGCUACUGAGUUUGGUGAAGAGCUCUCAGGAGGAUGCGCAGGAGCGGGCAGCUACCACACUUGCUACAUUUGUGGUUAUUGAUGAUGAGAGUGCGAAUGUGGAUGCGGCAAGGUCAGAGGCGGUGAUGCGUGUUGGGGGCAUCCCAAUGCUGCUAGACCUUGCAAGGUGUUCAAGGGAGAGUGCACAGUCAGAAGCAGCAAAGGCUAUUGCCAACUUAUCGGUGAAUGCCAAGGUUGCUAAGGCUGUUGCAGAUGAGGGUGGUAUCGGAAUACUCACCAAUUUGGCCAGGUCGAUGAAUCGGCUUGUUGCUGAAGAAGCUGCCGGUGGCCUUUGGAAUCUCUCUGUGGGCGAGGAGCACAAGGCAGCUAUUGCAGCAGCUGGUGGUAUAAAGGCGUUGGUCGAUCUCAUACUCCGCUGGCCUGCUGGGACUGAUGGAGUUCUUGAACGUGCUGCCGGGGCACUUGCAAACCUAGCUGCUGAUGACAAGUGUAGCAUGGAAGUUGCAAAGGCUGGUGGUGUCCAUGCUUUGGUCAUGCUUGCUCGAUCAUGUAAAUUGGAGGGCGUCCUAGAACAGGUGAAUGGGGCACAUCAUGUCAUCAUUCUUGCCGCAAGGGCAUUAGCUAACUUAGCUGCACAUGGGGACAACAACAACAAUAAUGCUGCUGUGGGUCAGGAAGCAGGGGCCCUUGAGGCAUUAGUGCAGCUAACAAGUUCUCAAAAUGAGGGUGUAAGACAAGAAGCUGCUGGCGCUCUGUGGAAUCUGUCAUUUGAUGAUAGAAAUCGUGAAGGUAUUGCUGCUGCAGGUGGCGUUGAAGCUUUGGUUUCGCUUGCUCAAGAAUGCUUGAGUGCGUCGGAAGGCCUUCAGGAGAGAGCUGCUGGUGCAUUAUGGGGACUAUCUGUUUCAGAAGCUAACAGCAUGGCAAUUGGACAGGAGGGUGGUGUUGCACCUUUGCUCACACUGGCACAGUCGGAUGUUGAAGAUGUUCACGAGACAGCUGCAGGGGCACUGUGGAAUCUUGCUUUCUAUUCUGGUAAUGCUCUCCGUAUAGUUGAAGAAGACGGUGUUCCUAUUCUAGUGCGGCUUUGCUCAUCAUCUGGGUCAAAAAUGGCACGCUUCAUGUCUGCACUAGCCCUUGCAUAUAUGUUUGAUGGAAGAAUGGAUGAGGUUGCAUUGGUCGGGACGUUGUCAGAGGGCAGUUCCAAGAGUGUUAAUGUUGAGGGAGCUAGGAGAAUGGCUCUGAAGCAUAUACAAACUUUUGUUUUGACAUUUUCAGACCCACAAGUUUUUACUGCGGCUUCCACCUCCUCAGCCCCAGGAGCACUAUCUCAGAUUGCUGAUGCGGUGUUUAUACAAGAAGCUGGACACCUGAGAUGCAGUGGUGCUGAGAUUGCUAGAUUUGUUGCCAUGCUUCGGAAUCCUGCAUCAGUUCUUCGUGCUUGUGCCGCCUUUGCUCUCCUUCAGUUCACAAUCCCUGGAGGUCGGCAUGCGGUGCACCAUGCGAAUCUCCUGCAGAAAGCAGGGGCAGCUCGAGUUUUGCGUGCGGCAGCAGCGUCCACAACCGCUUCCGUUGAAGCCAAAGUCUUUGCAAGGAUUGUCCUUAGAAAUUUGGAACACCAUCAGACAGGGACCUCAACAUGAAAGCCCAAGCAGUGGAGCGUGCUGACCUUCCAACAAGAAGGGCAUCUCCAGUAGCCUUCUCUACCAGUUGAAAACAUCGCAAAAUUGCGGUUCAGGUAGUGUUUUGGCUUCCAAAGCUUGUCACAUUACCACUUGGCCUGUGCGGACAGUGACCGGAUGUAGGUACAAUCACGUACAGAGAGAUGUAAGUUAACAUGAACGAGGCAAUUGCGGGCUGGGGAGUCGCCUCAUGCCUCUCCAUGAGGGAACCCAUCAUAGUGCAGUCUUUCUUGGCUUUUGCUUGCAAUGCGGGGGCGGUGUGCAAUUUUCUUUUAUUCAUUUGGUGUGUAAAAUUAACUGAGAUGUCAGCGACGCCGAAACUUUUAUGCGAUACAGCUAAGUUUAUUUGUUGAUUAAUGAGGUGGUGACAGCGUUAGUCAGACUAGGCUGCUCCACCUGCAAUGUAACUUUGUAAAUGUACUGAUUACUAUAUAAAGUAUGUUUCUGGAAA